AUGCCUAAGAGAGCUGCUGCAACCUUGUUCCUCACAGUGGCCUUCUUCCAAAUGGCCCUUUGCCAGGAUGUGGAAGAGAAGAGGCUCCAAUGUUACUUCUGUGCCUACGAACAAGCAUGCGCGGAGAACUUAGUGCAGUGCAAAGAAGGAGAGAGAUGCGGCACCAUGUUGGGGCACUCAGAUUAUAAAGUACACGAGUCCAUCUUCGGAAAGGGCUGCAUCUCAGCCUCAAAGUGCGGCAAUCAGGACCAAAUCACGUACUGGCGCAACCCAUUCCGGGUUACCUACUCCUGCUGCGACACCGAUUUCUGCAACAAGGAGAGCUUUGGGGCAGACCAGAAGGGCAUCGCUGCGGCAGGCCACACCUCCAUCCCUGCCCACCUCCCCUGGCUCUUUGCAGCUACCCUCCUGGCUGCCCUACCCGCCCUCCUCUCCUAA